AUGCCACGCCAAGGCAGGCAACCGAAACAGCUCACAGGCGCUUCCAAGCGCACCGCCAAACCCGCCACUGCCGAGGCAUCCUCAUCAAAGUCGACCAAGUCCACCAAGGGCAAGGGGCGCGCCACACCCUCGGCUGCGUCUGGCAGUGCAGAAGAAGGAGCACUCGAUGUGUACGACUAUUCGGCGAGGAUCAAGCGGCCGAGGGGAGACGUCGACCCGCUUGCGAGGGCGUCGUUCGGUUCGAGAAAGGGCAAGGGGAAGCAGCAGGCCAAGAGCACCGCUGCCAAGGGCAAGGGUCGUGCUGCUCCGUCUGACGAGGAGGACAAUACGGAGGACGAGGGAGGCUCGGACGAGGAUGAGGACGAGUCCGGCGGAUUCCGCGUUCGCGGCAACGAGGUUGUCGAGUUCACGGGUGUCAAGCCGGCCGGCUUCAAGCUCGGUAUGGACUCGGACGCAGAAGACGGUGCAGGCUUCCUCGGCAGCGACGACGAGGACGAAGAGAUCGACUCGGACAUGGCGGAAGAUGAGGACGAGGAGGAGGAUCUGCCGAGGAGGAAGGGCGGCAGUAGCGCAGGAAAGGGCAAGGCGAGGGACAUGGACGUCGAUCUCGACGAGGACGAGAUUGACUACGACGAUGAGGAGGGUGCAGGCUGGAUGGACUUGACGGAGGUGCUCGAUGCCGGCGGGUUCCACGGGUCCGACGAUGAGGACGAGGGCAGCGACGGCUCAGCAGCGUCGGAUGACGAGGAGCGCAACGAAGAAGACGAGGAGAUGUCGGACGAUGACGAUCCUUCGGCUCUCGACAAGCUCGACUCGUUCGUUUCCGGCCUCGACAGCAAGAAGCGCAAGUCUCGCGACGGUGAAGACGAGGACGGCGGGAAGAAGAAGAAGCGGGUCGUGCUGCAGGAGCGGACGGAGGCUUACCCGGAGGGAGAGUUUGUCGCUGUGGGAACGUCUGGCGGUGCUGACGGGAAAGUCAACCUCGACGAUCUGCUCUCUUCCUUUUCCGACUCGAAGAACCCCCGUCUUGCCUCCCUCCGCAAAUCGCUCAAACCCCUCGCCUCGUCUUCCGCCUCCUCCUCCUCGAAGGUCACAACGACCAACUCGCAUCUCAAAGCCGCCGGUCCUCUCUCUGCGCCUCUUCCAGGUCGGCUGCAGGAUAAGAUUGACCGCGAGGCAGCGUACGAGCAGACGAAGGAGGAGACGGACAAGUGGAACGAGACGGUCAGGCGCAUGAAGGGCGAGAGUGGGCUCGGCGUCGAGGGUGCGAGGCACGAGCGACUUGUGCUGCCGCUUGUCGGAGGCGAGGGAGAUGUUCAUCGCGACCCAAACGCGAACGAGUGGAGUGCCAAGUUCCAGCCUACGAACGAGCUCGAGGCGUCGAUCCAGUCGCUCCUCACGACGGCGCAGAUGUCGCAGUCAGACCUGCAGAAGCAGGAGAAGGCCGCCCUUGCGACCCUCGACCCCGCCGACCUCGCCGCCCGCCAAGCCGAGCUUCGUCGCCAGCGCGACCUGAUGUACCGCGCCGAGCGGAAAGCGAAGCGUGUCGCCAAGAUCAAGAGCAAGGCGUACCGACGCAUUCACCGUAAGGCGAAAGAGCGCGCGGCGAAUGGCGGACCGCAGAUGUCGCUCGAGGAUCUCGCCGAGCUCGAUGCGAUUGACGGCGGGAACCGAGUCGAGGAGGAGCGCGCGAGGCUCGAGUUGCAGCGUGCGAAGGAGCGUGCAACGCUCAAGCACUCGGGCAAGGGUGGCAGGUGGGCGAAGAAGAUUGACGGGCUCGAAGGACUGGAAGAGGAACGGAACGCGGCGAUUCGCGACAUGGUCUCGCGGCGGGAGGAGCUGCGGAAGAAGAUCGCCGGCGUCGACUCGGACGACGCGGUCGACGAGUUCGCAACUGGAAGUGAGGACGAGCGGGACUCGGACGACGAGGACGGCGAGGACGUCAAUGCGAUUCGGCGACAGGCGUUCGACGAGCUCGCCGCGCUCGACGCGAAGGAAGCAGCGGCCAAGGCGAACGACCCGAAGCUCAAGGGCGUGCUCAACAUGAAGUUCAUGCGGGACGCUAUGGCUCGCGCGGACAGGGCAGUCCAGCAGGAGGCGGACGAGCUGAAGCUGCGACUUGCCGAGAUGGACGAGGCGGGCCGGAUGGACGAGGAUGACGAGGAGGACCAGCCGCUUGCCAUGUCUGAGCAGGUGCAGGGCAACCUUGGCCGCAUGGUCUUUGGUCCGUCUGGCGAGUCUGUCAAGGCUGCCGGCGGUACCUCCUCAACGGCUGCCGCCGAGCCCGACUCGGUACCCACCCUCUCCUCCUCCGCCACCACCACCAAGCUCUCCGGUCCUGUCUCCAUCUCGGGCCCCUCAUCUCGCACCACCGCCCGCUCUCGCCCCUCGCUCUCCAACCCCUUGUCCUCCGGCGAAACCGAAUCCAACCCCUGGCUCGCCCUCGCCACAGGCGACUUGUCCUCCAAGCUCUCGCGCAAAUCGAACAAAGCCUCUUCGGGCAAAGCCGACUCGUCUGUCGCGAAAUCAGCUGCCAAGGCCGAUCGGGCGCGUGCGAAGCAGGCGGAUGCGAGGGAGGCGGAGCGCGAGGAUGCCAAGGUCGAGAUUGAGGUUGGGGCUGAUGCUGCAUUUGCUGCUGGUAACGGGAAGGGGAAGAAGGGCAAGCGAGGGGCGGAGGAGACGCCGCAGAUUGGCGGUGCGAUGGUCGUUUCGGGCGGCGGUGACAAUGAUGAGGCGGGCUCGAGCGACGAGGAGCUGGAUGAGGAGGAGAUUGAUGCGCAGCGAGGGAAGGGACGGGCGGCGUUCAAGCAGCGCGAACUCGUGAAGGAGGCGUUCGCGAAUGACGAUGUCGUUGCGGACUUUGCCGAGGAGAAGCGCAAGGAGAUUGAGCGGGACGCGCCGCGAGAGGAGGACAACACCUUGCCUGGCUGGGGCUCAUGGGGCGGCAAAGGAGCGAAGAAGGCAAAGAACACGCGCAAGUUCAUCACCAAGGUCGCAGGCGUCGACGAGUCUGCGCGCAAAGACGCCGGCCUGAACCACGUCAUCAUCAGCGAGCGCAAGGACCGCAAGGCCGCCAAGUACAUGCUCAAGGACUUGCCGUUCCCUUAUACGAGCGCGGCGCAGCACGAACACAAGUUGAGGACGCCGCUCGGACCGGAGUGGUCAACGUCGACGAUCCUGAGGGACCAGACGAUCCCGUCGGUUCUGGUCAAGCCAGGCGUCACCAUCCGGCCCGUCUCGCGCAAGGUCUGA